AAAUAUAAGAGACCAUCAGUUCUUGUAUUCGAUAAGAUAAGCAUUCUCGAUAAAACUCUUACAAAAAUUAUCGAUCUUCUUCAAGAAAAUGCUAAAGAAGUCACUGAUACUUUGAAAUAUGUCAUAGUAUUUGUCACUAGCGAAGGAUCAGUCCCGAAAAGAAUGAGA